AUGGGUCUGAUGAAUGGCUGUCUGGAGCAGAAUGUCGGCUCCUCCCGAGGUCUGGAGCAGAAGGUCGGCUCCUCCCGAGGUCUGGAGCAGAGCGUCGGCUCCUCCCGAGGUCUGGAGCAGAAUGUCGGCUCCUCCCGAGGUCUGGAGCAGAGCGUCGGCUCCUCCCGAGGUCUGGAGCAGAGCGUCGGCUCCUCCCGAGGUCUGGAGCAGAAUACGCGCGCGGCGGCGGGCCUUCUGCGACUGCCGGCGGACGUCGACGUCGUGAUGAGCUACGACGUCGGCCCCGAGCCUCCGCCGCCCACCACGCCGGCCGAGCGGAAGGAGGGCUCGGAGAGUCCGGGCGCGAACGCGGGCGUGAAGUGGAGCCUGCGCUCCAUCAUGAACAAGGACCCGGCCGGCACGCCCGUCUCGUCCAUCUUCGAGGACACGCCGGCGCGCAAGCUGUCGCCGCACGAGUUCCCCAACAGCAGCGAGCCGGCCGGGCCGAGCAGCGCCGAGACGCUGGAUCUGAACGGGCACGGCGACGACAUCUCGAUCGAGGAGCUCGUCUCGCAGGUGGAAAAAUGCGACUCCAUCACACUGUCGGACGGGCCCGUGUCGAUGGAGAUGUCGGAGUCGUCCUCGUCCUCGGAGGACGAGUGCGCGCCGCCGGCCGAGCCGGCCGCCUCGGCCAGCGUGCGCUCCACCACCGGCGGCAAGAGGCCGCGGCCGCGCCUCUCCGCGCUCAGCGAGAGUGACAGCGAGAAGCUGGAGCGCUCCAAACGGCGAGCGCCGCCGCCGCCGGCCGACGGCCCGCCGCGGCGGCCCGGCCGGCCGCGUGUCAAGCUGAAGCCCUCGCCGCGGCGGCCGCCCGGCGUGGGCACCAGCGACGCCAACAAGAAGGCCACCUUCAGCCGUCUGUUCUCACGCCGGAUCAGCGGCAAGCGAGGCACGCCGCGCGGCCGGCCGACCACCUCCAGCGAGCGCAGCGAAGGCGACUUGUGA